AUGAUUAUUCUUUCAUCCGCUUCUUUUUCUUUCCCUCCUUUCUCUCCUUUUUUUUUUUCGGUCGAUCCUUAUCUUUCUCUCAAUCUUUCCGAAAGGAUCCAGUAUUUUCACACAAAAGCUUUCAUUAUUAAGUCGUCCCUCCUUCCGCUCAUAAUGAUAACAUUACUUAAUAAUAUUAUUAACUACCGUCUCACAAACACUUCUACUUUGCCUACUACUCAUCCUCUCUUUAUGAAAUCUUUUGCUUUCUAUCAAUUCAACCUUCACCCCCUCUAUUCAUCAUCAACCUAUCAAACAAGUUCUUUCUCCUCCUACUUCUUUACUAAUAUAUCUAUCACUACUACCACUAUCUCUCUUACUCCGCCCCUCUGUCUAUCUUUCCUAUUCGAUCACACCCAACACGUUUUCUUUUCACCCAAUCUCUGUCAUUAUUUUCUGUUUCUAUCGAACAUCCAGGUUAUCUUUCCCCCCCGCUCUGUCACUUCAUGCUUCUUCCUCUCUCUUUUUCAUCUUCUUUUUCCCCCACUUGUCUUUCUUUUCGGGCUCCUCCCCUUAACACUGACUAUAGAACGAUCUCAUUUCCUCUAUACUCUCCUCUCUUUGUGUGUUAUACUUUUCGUACUCACUCACUCACUCACUCACUCACUCACUGACACGCGCACAACUCUGCUUCGUGUUUAUUUCUUCUUUCUUUGUCACUUUCUCACACCGACCUCUUUUUUAAUAAUCACUACUACCACUGCUCUAAGCACAAUUGACUCGAUUCUUCCUUCGAGCGCAUAUCGAAAUUUUAUAUUCGCUCUUUUACUACCGACACAUCUAUCUAUCUAUCUAUCUAUCUAUCUAUCUAUCUAUCUAUCUAUCUAUCUAUCUAUCCUCAUUAACUUUCUAUCUUUUCAAUGCCAUCGAUUCCCAUUGGCAUCUAGCUAUCUAUCGUUACCUUCUUCUUUUCUAUCGAUAUCAAUUCACUUCUUCUUCUCUCGGCCGCCCAUUUCACAACGAAUACUCGACAGUAAUAAUAUAUUCCCGUUUUAUAUUUUCUCCCCUUCUCUCCCACUCUCCUUAAUCUUUCUCCCUUUCUUUUCUAUGUCUCUCUUUUACUUUCAAUACAAACUCGAUCUCUUCCCCCUUCUUUCUGUUUGUUUCUCCUACUCUUCUACUUUUUCGCUCUGUUGCUGGGUACUCUCUACACUGCAAUAG